CGUCAGGAGACCGCGGUAGGCCCUGCUGUUUAUCCAACUCCAGAUCAACCCAGCGCAGAAAAACAAGGAGCAGGAAAAUCCCGAUGAACAGAGAAGAUCCCCGAAGGAAAACAUCUCUUUUCUAGUCCAGUAACCAUAGCAGCUCCAGACGAACCAUGUGAUUGUUAGAGCAUCCGAUGUAGCGGUCAUGUGGUACAUCCACAGCCCAGCACGGUGGAAUGCUCAGCUCAGCAAGGAGCCGUUGACAACCGCUGGCCUUUGACAAAGGAUCCUCCCAGUGACGCGUGUAACUACUCCCCUCCCCUAGGGGGGGACACAGACCUCUGCCAUCCCCACAGUGCCUCCACAUUGGGUGGACCUUCAUCCUACACCACCUCUCCUCAUCCUCCCACAGAGUCUGCUGGACAGGAGGUUCAUUCACAAAUGUCUACCUCACGAUUAAAAGGCCCCUCUCCAUAACUGCGACCCUGAACAGGCUACAAAAUGACUUCCAGUAUAGGCGGGGAUGACGCCAGCAGUAUCUUUGAUGGGUUAAUGGAAGAAGAUGAAAAGGACAAAGCAAAACGAGUGUCCCGUAACAAGUCUGAGAAGAAACGCAGAGACCAGUUCAAUGUCCUCAUCAAGGAGCUGGGUACCAUGCUGCCAGGCAACACCCGAAAGAUGGACAAGUCCACCAUCUUACAGAAGAGCAUCGACUUCCUACGCAAGCAUAAAGAAAUAGCUGCGCAGUCAGAGUCGAGUGAGAUCCGACAGGACUGGAAACCUCCUUUUCUUAGUAACGAAGAGUUCACACAGCUGAUGCUGGAGGACUAUUCAAGUUCAAGGUUGAGCGCAAUGGCAUUAGACGGCUUCUUCCUAGCAAUUAUGACAGAUGGGAACAUAAUCUAUGUCUCAGAGAGUGUUACAUCUCUACUGGAACAUCUUCCUUCUGACCUGGUGGAUCAGAACCUGUUGAACUUCCUGCCCCUGGGGGAACAUUCAGACGUGUAUAAAGCCCUGUCGUCUCACAUACUGGAGGGAGAGACGCUAACGCCCGAGUAUCUCAAGACGAAAAACCAGUUAGAAUUCUGUUGCCACAUGCUCCGAGGGACGAUCGACCCCAAAGAGCCUCCUGUGUAUGAGUAUGUUAAGUUCAUCGGAAACUUCAAGUCCCUGAAUAAUGUGCCUAACUCAACUCGAAAUGGCUUGGAAGGGGUGAUCCAGCGGUCACUCCGGCCAGCUUUUGAGGACCGAGUCUGUUUUAUAGCAACUGUGAGAUUAGCCAAACCACAGUUUAUCAAGGAGAUGUGCACUGUUGAAGAACCCAAUGAAGAAUUCACCUCUAGACACAGCUUAGAAUGGAAGUUCCUCUUCUUGGACCACAGGGCUCCGCCCAUAAUAGGUUACCUGCCGUUUGAGGUUCUGGGUACAUCUGGAUAUGACUACUACCACGUUGAUGACCUGGAGACACUGGCCAAAUGCCACGAACACUUAAUGCAGUAUGGGAAGGGGAAAUCGUGCUACUACAGGUUUCUCACCAAAGGUCAACAGUGGAUCUGGCUCCAGACCCAUUACUACAUCACCUACCACCAGUGGAACUCCAGGCCCGAGUUCAUCGUCUGCACGCACACUGUCGUCAGCUAUGCUGAGGUGAGGGCUGAACAGCGCAGAGAGCUGGGGAUUGUUGAGGAGUCACCGCCAGAGAUCUCUGCAGUAGAUAAGCAGUCUCAGGACUCUGGUUCUGAGUCUCAACACCAGCUCAACACCUCCAGUCUGAAGGAGGCCCUAGAGGGCUUUGACCGCAGCCGGACGCCCUCGGCCUCCUCACACAGCUCCCGCAAGUCUUCGUCCCACACUGCCAUCUCCAACCCAGCCUCACCUAAGCUUAAGACAGACAGAGGUACACCGGGAUGCCAGUCCGUCUCUGCUAUUGAGAUGACAUCACAGCGAAGAUCAUCCAUCAGCAGUCAGCAAUCGAUGAGCUCCCAGCACACCCAGAACACAGGGCAGAACAUGACCCCAUCCAUGGUUCCACAACAACAACCGCAGCAGCAGCAACAACAACUGCAACAGCAGCAACCACCACCUGAACAGCAGCAGCUUCAGAUCCAGCCCAGUGUCCAGUUUUCCACCCAGCUGGAUGCAAUGCAGCACCUGAAGGAUCAGCUGGAGCAGAGGACCAGGAUGAUCGAGGCCAACAUCCAGAGGCAGCAGCAGGAGCUCAGGCAGAUCCAGGAAGAGCUCAACAAGGUGCAGGGCCAUGGCCUACAGAUGUUUCUCCAGCCGGGUACAAGUGGGCUGAGCCUGGGCUCUGUGCAGCUGGCACACGGGACCACCAUGCAGCCAGGGGGUGCUCUCACCAUGCAUGGCCAAGUGGUGUCUGCAGGCAGUCUGCAGGGCAGCACUCCACAGCAACACACGGUCCAACAACAACCCCAGCAGCAGUCCCAGCCACAACAACAGAACCUGUUACGAGACACCAGCUCUGUCCUCUCACAGUCUUCUGUGCGGUCCACUCACUCUCUGCCGCCCCAGCAGAGUGCCCUGCCGGCUUCCCUAUACAACACCAUGAUGAUCUCUCAGCCCAACCAGGCCAAUGUGGUCCAGAUCGCUACCAGCCUGGCCCAGAACAGCAGCAACAACACAGCUGCCAUGGCAAACUUUGCCCAGGACCGCUCGGGACAGAUCAGGUACACGAUGCCACCAACAGGGUUCCCUGCUGGCUCUCAGUUGCUGACUAAGCUGGUGACUGGGCCGAUGGCGUGUGGAGCGGUGAUGGUCCCUACAACCAUGUUCAUGGGCCAGGUGGUAACAGCAUUUGCUCCUCAGCAGGGCCAGACUCAGACCAUCAGCAUUGCCCAGCAGCAGCCUCAGCAGCAGGAGCAGCAGGCUCAGUCUCAGGCCGAAGCCACACAGCAAGGGCUGGCCCAGCAACAAACACAGUUCCUCCAGGGCCCUCGGCUGCUCCAUGGAAACCAGUCCACCCAGUUGAUCCUGCAAACAGCGUUCCCACUGCAGCAGCAAGGAGCCUUCGCCAGCACACAACACCAGCAGCAGCAGCAGCUACAACAGCAACAUCAGCAGCAGCAGCAACAACUCCAGCAGCAGCAACAACAACAGCAACAACAACUCCAACAACAGCAGCAACAGGAGCAGCAGCUGGUCUCUCACAGGGCAGAUGGCAUGUCAGGCCGCUCCAGCACACAGCCCCAGUAACCUGGCAACGUCCGAUCAGACAUAUGGACUGAACCAAAUCUAUUUGUCUGUGUGAUGGGGUGAAGAGGUCGGUUGAGAAAAGCAGUAUUGAGACUAUGGCUCUAAGACUACCCUGCUUCAACUUGGUCUGUAGAGUUUGUGAUGGAUGGAUCAAUAGAUGGAUCUCUGGCUGCCUGCACUGAACUCAUGAGCCACUGGCGCGUCAGGUAGAAAACAAUGCUGUGCUCACAGUGAGCACGGAGUUGCUCCGCUUCAUGGCCAUGCUUAGAACUCUUUCCCACAGAGACCUCCACUCUGUCGAGGUCCCCUCACCACUGUGACAGGGGCCAGUGCUUGUCCCCUACCCUGCCCUCUUGUUGUGUGUUCAGUGUGUGCUCCCGUCACCCUCACAGAUUUUAUUUAUGAAGGACGAUCCAGUCUGGAGCUUCAAUCAAGGCUUCAAGGAAGUCCUACAGAGAGCAGACAGACGCCUCGUUUGUGUUCUGGUUUUCUCAUAUUGUUUUUCAUGUCAAAGUAAUUAUGGGUCAGAAAAUAUUUUUAAGAAUGUCAUGUGGAUUGAACUUUUAUUGUACAGAACAAAAAAUAAUAUGUAAAUAUAUGGAGAAAAAAAGAAAAAUAACGAAUAUUUUAUAUGAUGCAUGAAAUUAAAAGCAUAGUCUGUUAUUUGUAGCUUUGAAUAUACCUUUUUUUCUAGUACUCUAUGAAAAAAAGAACCUAAACACGCUUAAUGGCUGAUCUUUUCACAGAUGUUCUUCUUCCCAGGGGCUGUGUGUCUUUUUGGGACCGUGGUUGUCUGUGUAGCUGAUGCUGCUGGUCAUGUCACAGUUUGUUUCAUCCUCUUCCUCACUUUCGUAGUUUUAAUAAAACUUCUCUAUUGAGAUUAAAAACAGAAAUGUUUUAAAGUUACAAUAUUUUUUUAGAAUAUAUAUUGUGGUCCAAUGCGAUUAUGUUGAGGACUAAAUAGAUACAUGACUUUACUCAGAACAAUAUUUUAAAUUGUAAAUAAAGCAAAGACCCAAAGUUUACCAAAAAUACUUUAAAUGUAUCCUAUGGAAAGCUUAUGAGCUCCUUAUUUUCUCUGCCAUCAUGCCUCAUAACAGUUGCCAUAGCUAUUCAUUAAAAAAAAUUUACUUUUAAAAAGUCCUUAGUGUUUAUCUUUAGUUGAUUUAAAUAUGAGUGAGGCAUUAUGACUGUUUUAGUGUGGUCUCGUAACGCUCAUAGCGAUGCAUGCAAAGUACCUCUAGGUACAGACUAUACUAGUGCUUUACAAUACUGUACUUUUUUAGCCCUAAAGGCUUGUGUAGAAAAAUGAGUAUUCUCAUAAAUAUAUAUUCAAUUAUGUCACAAAAAUUACCUUAAACUCAGAAAUUCAAUUCACGCAGUGAUAUUUCUGCACAUUAUCCCAUUUCUGCCGUUAGAAAUCUAGUGUCUGUUCUAUGAAUGAAAUGCAUCCCCUUAUGUUCCUACUCUCUCCUGUCACUUGCAACUACAGCAUGUUUAUCUCAUAUUAAGCUUUUUAUGGGUUGGCAAUGUCAGAACAAACAAAUGAGUGAUAUCUCUCCUCUUUAGAACAUUAAAUGAUGGUGGAUCUCAUCAAAUAAG